UGUACCGUGGCAAGGAAUAAUUUUUAAUUUAAAUGGCCUUCAGUGAUUUAUGUCACAUAAGUAAUGCGUAUAAAACCGUCGAAAAUGAGCCUGACCAGUCGGAACGCAUUAUGGAAGAAAACUCAAUGGUCCGGGAUCUCAUCACGAAGAUCCUCGAUGAGACUGGACCAGCAGAAGGGAGCAGCUCUGUACAACCACAGGAAAAAGCGAUAAACACAAUAUCAAACCAAUUCCCCAAAAAUGACACUGGGACAUUUGUACCACCCAACAUAAACUACCCCAACAACAUGUACAAUUUUCAAAACAACCAGAAUGGCUUUAACUUCAACAUUCGAAAUGGUUUUGGGAAUGGAUACGUCAAUUAUAACGACAGCGAUGUUGGAUUACUCGGAGUUGAUGCUGUGGAACCUGCAACAGAUGUCACUCCAGAACAGUUGAACUUACUAAGACUGGCAGCACAGGAGAUUGGAGGCGCUCAAUUCACGAACCCAAAUAAAUUUGAUGAGAAAUUCUACAAUUUCUUCGAGCCGAGCCAAAGAAAUUCUCUACCAGAAGCCAAUAUGUUCAACAUGAAUAAUUACAACCGGCCAAACAGUCUGAACUUGGACGUAAACUUUACGAAUUAUGAAAACCCCUUCAAUAACGUGCAGCGAUUUCCCAACAAAUUCGAUAAUACGUUUGGGAAAGACCAGAGUCAGGAUCCGUCAGAAUUAUUGGUGUAUUUGAAUCAGUUGAACAUGAGUUUGGAUAGACGGGAUGAAAUGCCUAACAAUAUGGACUAUAAAAUGCCUAUGGAAGUAAACGGGCAUUACCAAAACGAAGAGUUCAACAAAAUGCAAGAGCAGAAGAUGUUCUUGAACAGGAAUUUCCAAGUUCCUCCUAACAAAAAUUACAAUGGAGAAAACUUCUAUCUAAACGACAUGAUGACGCAAGUGAACGAUCGUCACAUGAACCAGAAUUACGAUUUCUCGAAUCAGACGCCAGGAUCGGGUCCUAAUUCGAUGAAUUUUAAACAGAACGGGUUUCAUCAGAAUGACUUUAUGCGCCGUGAUAUGAAUCAGAUGCGGGAGAAUUUUCAACCUAAUGGCACUAUGAACGAGCAGCGAAAUUACGAUAGCGGCGGUCGGGAUAACAUGCAGCAAGCGGCUCUAAUGAGACAGAAUCAGGCGGAGUUAGCAAGGCAGAUGAGUUUGCUUAUGCGAAAUCGCCCGCCACCGAACCAACUCAACGUCGACGUGUCGUUUUUACAUGAGAACACUCCCUUCAAUCUCGGCCUGGGUGCGUUACUAGGGCCAAGUCCACCUGUACCACCCCCAGUUUUGCCAUCUCCCAUGUUGGAUAUGCCGUUACUAGCGCCUUUCUACGCUAUGAGAAACAUGAGGGCCGCGGCGACGUCGUCGGGCGUGCUGCACGCGCGGCUGGACGCGUGCUACGAGCAGUGGCGUCAGCUGGAGCGCGAGCGCAAGCGCACCGAAGCGCGGCUGGCACUGGCCUACCCCGGGCGCGCCGUGUCCUCGUCCAACUCCAUCCCCGUGCCGCGCCUGCCGCCCUGCCCCACCCGCGUCGACCGCCUCACCGUUGACAUGCUGCGCGAGCACACCAAGGUACUGACACUUAUGGGUAAAAUGGAGACACUCCGCGCGAGCGUCUGCGUAGCUCAAAACAAGAAGCCAAAUAAACUCGAGGAUACCAAAAUAACAGUGCUCAAACGAGGACAGGAGAACGUGUCCAAUGACAAGGAGAAAGACAAAGAUGGGAUGGACCCAGCCACUUUCGAUCCCACUACGUGGAGAGAUGAUGUCAAGAAUUUGGCUGAGAUCGCGCCGCAUAGUGAGGUGGAAAGUGCCAUGCUAUCGUGGCGCAGUGCCGUAGCGGCGGUGCAGGCCGCACGCAGGAGGGAACUGGCGCCGCAUCAGCCCAACCACCCGCAGCGGUACCAGCGGCAGGACCCCACCCUGCAGCUGGCCGAGGCGGUGAAGCAGCUGGGCGCGUGUGCGCGGCGGGCUCGCUGCGCCAUGUGGUGCGACCUGACGCUGACCGUGGCGCUGGCGCCGCCGCCCUCGCCGCACCACCAGGCCGUCGCCAAGGCCAGCGAAAGUUCGUCGUCGACACAAGUAAACCCGCCGAAGACAGCCGCUCAGGAGAGCAACAACGCGACGAACAACAAACAGUCCAUCGACAAUAAAGAGGAAAAGCCAUCAACCGAAGCGAAAGACACGAAGACAGAGAAACUGACAACCAAGCAGUCCGAAAAACAACCGGACAAGAACCAGAACCAGCAACGUCGGCAGCAAAACUACCGUAAGUUGCAACGGAACGACUUCUACCAGAAGAACCAGAGGUACGACAAUCGGUUUACACAUAAUCGCCACCCGUAUUACUUAGCCACGGGACCUAUUAACUAAGAUAUAACUUUUUAUAAGUCACAUUAAAGCUAGCUAGUCAGCUUAACCAUCGCCAUGUCGAAGAAGUAAUUCUUUCUAUUGUGAACAAUAGUGGUGCCUGACUGUUAGCUUUUACAUAAAUUACGUCACAGGGAAAUAUAUAUAAAGGCCCAAAGACGUCAAUUCGGCCAAACGCAAAAUAAACUUAAAACUCAAUGCAUUUGCCUAUUUUUGUUAUCACUAUUAAAAUAAAAGUACAUACAGAUUCUUCAAAAUAGUGACAGCUUUACAACAAAUUCGAUAUAGAACGUUUUGUAACAAAACGUUGCUAGACAACCAAUGAUGGCUUGUGUGAAGAACACUUUUGUCAAUGUUCAUUAUUUAGACUAGCUCUGCCCACGGCUUUGUAGCGGUGUUUUUUAUUUAUAAAUUAUUACAAAA